AUGGCGCCCUCACCUGAUGCAUCCGCAACUGGUGCCCCUCGUGAUGCAACACUCCUGGUCCCCAUGAAGAUAGAUAUCUUGGGACUGGGAAACCAGGAGGCGUAUUCAGAGCAAUGCCCCAGUGUCACUCUGCUUCCAACGAACCUGUUCGAUUACUCUAAACUUCGAUUACGAAAGCAAACAGUCCAGGCAGACCUACAGGACCAUGCAGACUUUGAUAGUGCCAGAGUCACAGCGGCCAACCCACGGCUCUAUGAUCUUACCACUUCACAACCACGCCCUCACGUGUCCGGGAUAAGUAUAUCGUGGACAUUGCCGCAGAUGUAUCGAUGGGAAUCAGCGUCGGAAAAGCAAGAUGAGUUUAAAGCAGCUGCUACUCCACCAAACCGUUGGAUGGUCGCGAGAGUGACUCGGAACGCAGCCACCAAUGCUGGUUGGGUCAUUGAAAGCGAUGUCUGCCGGCAUAUCGACGACAUCGACCCCUCCGUUGACCUGAUGACCGACGUAUCUCAGUAUAUCCGCGAGCCUAAAGACUUGGCAGAUGAGCGUAUCAUUGACCUUCAAGGAGAGUAUUUCCUAGGCGAGAAGAGGAACUUGGAAGGUUGGGUCGAAAGAAGCGAUUCUUCCGACAUCGUUCGCGUCAAGCCACUCAAGGCCAACAGUGCAGGCAAUAUCUUGUUUGCAGACUACCAGCCUCAUAACCCCAAUGUGUUCAGUUUCCACGAUCCCUUGGAUGAUAUACCUGCCGGCACAGAGAUCGGAUACUCGGUAAUCGGAUGGCAUGCAGACAUAAACGAAGAUCCAUUGAUGAGUAAAGCUCCUGACAUUACCAAUGGUAAGCUUCUUGCGCAACUGAACAUGGUGCUGGACAAGAACAAGAUGGAUCAAGCUGAAGUGACGAAAUGGACAACAUCUCAGAGUCCUGCUCGGCAUAUCUGUCAUGGAAGUACGUAUACUUUGUUGAAAUGGGACCCUGAUGGCAAAUCCAUCGAUGUGCACAAUCCCUCCCUAUCCGCAGAGGCUCAGGCAGUUAUCAUGAAAACAGAUGGUAGUUUGGCUGUCGGUACCGACCCCUUUGACGCGCUUGGGGCUUUGAUGCAGGCUGGCAAUGCAGGCCAGUCACAUCAGGAUCUUCAGAAACUGCAAAACAUCGCUGUGUCGGGAUCUCAUGAUGCAGAUCUAGAUAAGCAGACUGCAGCCGAGGAGUUCUUGAGAGUUCUCCGGGAAUUCAAGCAAGUCGAGGGCGGAAGUCAGUGGAAAGUGGCACCAUCCGGCGACAAAGUCAACCAAGCUGACAAGGGCGAUUCUUCCACGCCGCAAUUGACUGACGAUGACAAGGCAGCGUUACAGGAAAUAAACUCUGUUCAAUGGGCUUUUGAUCACAUACGGUUCAAUAUCGACUAUCGGCGCUGGAAGCUCUUCUGCGAGUGGUGGCGCUGUGUCACAAACGAUGCACUGUCGGGGACAGACCUGGUCUCCGCCAACCACUUGGCCUUGGUGACUGAAAUCAAGAGUCUCGAGGACACACUCACCAACACCAAAGCUCGCUUGGAAAGUCUCAUAAGCAAUUUUUCACUGGAUAAGGAAAAAAAGGCGUCAAACUUCGAGUUAACAAAAGUUCCCUCCGAUUCCUUUGUCCAACGAAAAGACCCGACAGUGGCACUUCUCGGCUGCAAAUCCCCGUGGCCUGAUGGAUUCUCCGGCGCUCAGCCUGUGAGGUUGCUAUCUCAGUGCAUCAAGGCCUUCGAAGCUACAAAGUUCGGAGAUGACGCAUAUCAGGCUGCGAUGGACAUGACCGAUAAUAUAGUAUCCAUUCCCACUGCCGCUGCACUUGCUCAUGGAGAACACGUGGGCUAUAUGUGUGCCAGUGUAGGCGAUUCAUUGCUGGAUCUUAAACCCAACGAGGUCGUACCGCCAUAUUGCAACGCUGUCUUCAACACCGAGGCUGUCUUGGACAGCCCCCUCGUCCCUCUGUAUGUCGAAUGGGAGGCAGAAUACUUCCACAUCCCGUACAACCUCUGGGAACCUCAACACACCCGACGUACUGCUGCUCAAGUGUACCCAGAGCUGACACAGUCCUUGACUCCAACUAAGGAUGUCUCCAGUAGCAAGUCUCAUUACCCGCGGCGUGCAAUGGGUGGGAGGGCUCUAUUGCAUCCAAGCCCGGGCGCGUCAGUGGCAAACGUAUUGCGAAAUUCGGUUGGGAGACUGCCAGAAAGUGUGCUGGAGAGCGUUCUUGGGGUCGAUAAAAGAGAUCAAUUAUAUGCUGAUAUGGAUGCCAUUCCCUCCCUAGCCUGCCGUCUCGAUGGGUUUCAAGACCAGCUUGUCACUCUUGUCAGUGGGACAGCUCAUGUCCGUCCGACCCUUCCAGACGGGACUGCGAUGCCUGAAGCCGUCACUGCGGGCAAAGCUGCUGGAUUCACUGCCGAAACUCUGGAAAUGGUUCGCAAUCACUGCGAUCCGCUACCCUACGGAGAUGGCGUUGAUCCAGAGGCGGUAUUCAUUCCCGUAACUCAUGGACAAGUGAAGUUCAAGAAGUUCAAUGUGAUCGACAAGUUCGGCCGAGGAGUGGAAAUUGUUGAUGGAGGCGGUCUCACACCAUCUAUCUCAUCGGUGUACCAGCCGUCAACUCAUAUGGUUGACGGUAAAGAGACGCCCAAUGUCGUGGUUUCUAACGGAAACAAUUGUGAAUACUUUCAGAUCCCGCCAUCCAUCAAUCAGCCAGCAAGGCUGUUCAACGCGUAUCUGAAGCCGGGGGAAAGAGGCCAAAGUACCUGGAGGCCUUGCGGCGAGUGGGAAGAUCCUGUUUGUGGGUACAUCAUGUAUAACAGCGCCGAUCUUUCGUUGCAGGUGUUCACGUCAACUGGGGAUUUGCGAGCAGAGAUCCUGACUUCUGAGGGCAACACCGCGGCAAGAGUCGCUCACGUGAACCAACCUCCCAUGAGCGAUGGCCUUUUCGGGCCUCCUCUGACAGAUACUGCCGAUCAGUGGAAGAUGAAUAUCUUGGAUGACUUCAUCCAAAAUUUGAAGAUCAAACACUAUGCUCUGCGAAUGAUUGAGAUCCUAGGCGACGCUUCCAGCUGUAUGGCACCUCCUGCAGAAUCGUAUUCCAGCGUCAUGAACUCCGCCUUUGGUCGUCCUUUUGCGUUGGCCAUCGCUGGAUGGUCGAUUGAACUGAAUCACGAGGAACUGCAGCCCCAGACGAGACUUCAGAAUCUCGCUGGGAAAUUCUACUCGAAGCUUUCUGACUACGAGUUUCCUCUCCAUCUUGGACUGAAAGAGUACUCAGACGAUGGUCUGGCCGCAUAUAUUCCUUUACUGAAAGUAAAAGACGCCCCAACGCAGCCAGACUUCGGCAAGAUCUUUACGUUCUGGUCCAGCGGCGUGACUGAAACCGAUCUGAACAAAGACUUCACAUGUCACCCAAUACAUCCAUCUAGCUUGCCCACCCUGAAAGCCCGCCAUGUAGACUUGUUCGAAGGUGGCCAUCCCCUGGAAGUCGAUGAAAUGAUCAAAAGGCGCCAUGAGCAAAUUCUUCCCUUCUGUCUCCUUGUUGAUGUUUUCCACCCUGUGAAAGCCCAGACGGGCGUCCUCCCACCAUCAAGCCUGGCGCUUCCGGACUGGGCAGUGCAACAAGCACUGCGGAAGAUCAGGCUGUACUACCGUGCGGGGCCGUUCAUAUUCCGAGAAGAUCCCCUCAAAUCACCGAACCCGGCGGGAGCAGAGGACCCUCCAGCGCCGCCAGCUGCCGGUGAUGGGGUACAUGUCCCGGUCGUGCCGUACGGAAAGUGGUCAUGGUUGCAGCCUUAUAUUGCAGAUGGCGACAUGAAGUAUUAUAGCCAAGAUGUCAAUAAGGCCGAAGUAAAGGGUGAUGUUCUUGAAUUGCGCAAGUCCCCCUUCACAAUGGCCGAUGGUAUUCUGAUGUCGACCGAGCCGUUGCUCCAUGAAACCUAG